AUAUCUAAUCCUCUAAACCUUUUCUCUCACUUAAUUGAUUAAUCUUGGCCACCAAUCGCCAUUAUAAAAUCUCCUCCCAACCUUCUCUUUUCCUUUAGCUCUUAACCACAUUUUCAGUCUUUCAUUGAUUAUUAUUAGCUUUUCAGCUUUCCCAAGCAAAGCCAUAGCUGUUACUACAGACUACAGUAUCGCCAUAUUUUACAGUCUCUCUUUAAUGCAAAGCGGCUUUGGCAGCAAAAUCUGACAAACAAACAAACUCUUUUAAUUGCCUGUUUUCUUAGCUCUCUCUCAGUAUCUACGACAACACGUUUGUUAUUUGAUUCCUUUUUCUUCAGUAGUCAACUAAGUCAAUCGCUCAGUAGCCAGAGAUUCUUCAACUGUAAACAAAGAAGAAUCGAAGAUGCUCGACACUGUGAAGUACCUUAUCGGCGCAGCUGGCGCCAGUGGCUACGGCUCUAAGUCCACCGCCGAGGAAGUCACCGAAAACUGUCCUGAUUUGCGAUCCAUUACCGUCAUCAUUACCGGUGCCACGUCAGGGAUAGGAGCCGAGACGGCUCGGGUGUUGGCCAAGCGACGCGCGAGACUGGUGCUACCGGCUCGGAGUCUCAAAGCUGCUGAGGAGGCCAAGGCGCGUAUCACGUCCGAGUGUCCCGAUUCGGAGAUUGUUGUUAUGGCUCUUGAUCUUAGCUCUCUCAAGUCCGUUAGAAACUUCGUUUCAGAGUUCGAGUCUCUCAAGUUACCUCUCAAUCUCCUCAUAAACAACGCUGGCAAGUUUGCACACGAGCAUGCAAUAUCUGAAGAUGGAAUCGAGAUGACCUUUGCUACUAAUUAUCUAGGUCAUUUUUUACUGACUAAACUCUUACUAAAGAAGAUGAUUGAAACUGCAAAAGAGACGGGCGUUCAAGGCAGAAUAGUGAAUGUAUCAUCCAGCAUCCACACUUGGUUCGCCGGCGAUAUGAUCCGAUAUCUCGCACAGAUAUCGCGAAACAAAAGUCAUUACGAUGCGACACGUGCUUAUGCUCUCUCGAAGCUCGCUAACGUUUUGCACACCAAGGAGCUUGCUCAGAGACUCAAGCAGCAAACGGAUGCCAACGUGACUGUGAAUUGUGUUCAUCCUGGGAUCGUGAGAACCCGUCUUACUAGAGAACGAGAAGGCUUUCUCACAGAUCUUGUAUUCUUCUUGACCUCAAAGCUUUUGAAGACCAUUCCUCAGGCUGCUGCUACGACCUGUUAUGUUUCUGUUCAUCCGAGACUUGAAGAUGUUUCUGGAAAGUAUUUUGCGGAUUGCAACGAAGCUUGGACGUCAAAAUUGGGAUCCAACUCAAAUGAAGCUGCAAGAUUAUGGGCCAUCUCUGAACUUUUGGUUUCUACAGACCCUAAAGAAGUCCUUGAUAUCAACGCAAAGCCUUGGAUUUAAAAAGAUAAUUAAAUUUAGAAACUACGAGAGAGACUGAAGUCUUAGUUGUACAUGAUCAAGGAAGGGAGAUCAGAAAUAUAUAUAUACUUAUAUAGUAUAGAUAAACACAAAUGUAUACAAAUAUUUAGAUGAGUAUAAUUAGUAAUGAAGAUAAGAGAUAAUUAAUUAAUUAGAUAAACAGCUUAAAAAUAUAGGUGGUUUCAUGUGUUGGUAGAAGUUAGGCAAGUUCUGAGAUAUGAACUUGAUUAUAUAUAUAAUUAUACAAUGAUUAUGGAGUUAGAGUUUUGUUGAUGUGGAAACCCUAAUCCAGAUUGUUAAUAUGAUGAUCGGUUUUGUUUAUUAAGAACAUGGGGGAGGUGGGUUCGUGGCAUGUGGUGGUUGAUUUUAGAAGAGUAUCUUUGUGGUAAUGCUGUGGGCGGCCCUACUAACAUGCGCCAGCAAGUUUGGUGGUGGGAGGGAAACAUGCGUUUAAGGAAAGAAAAUUUCAAUAUCAUUACUC